GCCAUAUACAGCGGCAUCGCAACGAAUUUGGUUCAGUGCCAAAAGGUGCAGGAGGAUCAGGCGAGGAGGCUGGUCGAGAUAGAGGAAGUGCGCACCAAGUUGUUGCUGGAUAUAAAGACCACGAGGACGCAGAUGGUCAACAUUAUUCUUGCCAAGGAAAAACUCUUGACGGACGAAGCCAAUCGGAUGAUAGACGGUAUGAAACAAAGUGCCAUUGCCCGCGAGGUCGACGCGCGUAAUCUGGCGCGCGCUUGUAACAGACAACUCGAUGUCCUGAACUUUUCGUUCAGCGUCAAAAGUGAGGGCGAACUGCUGCCACUGUUGCCAGCGUUGGCGUGCCGCGUGGAGGCCGAUAAGAAGAGGAUGGAAGGUCAACGCGAAGACAGGGAGGUCACCGGUAUCACAUUCGCCAAGGACGACAACUGUUUCCAGACACUAAAAUCGUCUCCCUUGGGGAGGCUGGAAGUGGAGAAGAAGGUGGCGGAAGCACCUGAACCGGCGAAGGAAGGGAAAGUCGACCUUUCCUUGACGCUGAUGACGAGCUUUCAUGGCGGCACGCGCGACGACGUGGUGGACCCGCUGUUGACGGACAUAGUUCUUCUAAUGAACGGCGACGUCAUCACGACGGACAGGGACAACAAGUGCGUCAAGAAAUUCAACCAGUCCGGCAAGCUCCUGACGCGGGUGCUCAUCGAGGCGGUCCCGAGCCGCAUCGUCGUCGUGUCGCACAGCAAGGCUGCCGUGUCCGUCAUGAACAAGAAGGUUAUCUACUUUUUAUCUCUGUUCGGCACCGUCCGGAUCCUCAGCUCUGUCCGCGUGAAGAAAUUCUACUCAUUCCUCGCGUCACUUGGGGGCGGAGUUAUGGUAGCGGCGACCAAUCAAUGUGAUUGCAUCGACAUUCUUACGGAGAAAGGGGAGAUUAUUAAAAACAUCUUCGCACAGAAAGCCGACCGGGCGUCCAUAGCCAGGCCGAUGUAUUUGACCCCUGCGGUGGCGUACUCGACCAUCAACGACAGUGUUCGAGCCCCACCCACUCCUGUGCAAGCAGCCGCAUCUAACAGCGCCACCACCGGACAGCAAGACAUCCUCGUUUCGGACAGCGGGAAAAAAAUCCUCUUCCGCUUGGAUCAGUCCGGUCACGUGGCCUUCACCCUGAAGUCCAGCAGCAGCGUCGCCCUGGACUGCCCUCUCGGGAUCACGGUCCACGAAUCGGGGCUCAUCUUGCUGGCGGACCGUGACACCAACUCCAUCGUGUUGUUGGACGGCUCGGGCAACGUCAUGAGAAAAAUUUUAACAUCGGACCAAGGCCUUGCCAAGCCAUGUGGGAUUUAUGCUGGCCACAAGGGUCAAGUGGCCCUAACACAGGUGGACGGAAUGGUCAAAGUUUACACAUCGCAAGUGGUUGCCUUGUAGCGGAGAGUCUUACAUGGCUGUAGCUUGGAUGUUCGUCAACAAUUUGGGACGGUUCCAAAUUAAUGUCAGAAAACUUAUUUUUAAAAAAUCCUUUAUAAUAUUAACUUCGAGAUUGUUCGUGUAUGUCUUUCUGGGUUUGUUACAAAUCUCCAGAGGGCUAAUUGAUCUAUUUCCCGUUAACCUAUCGAGCUGAAACUUGGCACAUAUAAUUUUAAUAGAAUUUCUAUCAAAUUUUCAGACCCACCCCCAAAAAUAUUUUUUUCUCCUGUUUUUCAAGGGGAAUAUGGAUGAAAUGUGAUUUGUUCAAUUCAAUGGUUGCGUGGUUUAGUGUGGAGAUGAAUUGUCUCGCUGUUUCUACGUGCUUUUUCUUUGUGACGUAUUUGGGUAUGUAGCAUUAGUAGUAAAAAUAAAUGUAUUUUUGAAGGGGAAAAUGAAGGAAACGUGUUUUCCCAUUCUAGGAACGUCAUUUUGAUCCCCAAUUUUAAAAAUGCUAUACACGGAAAAUACGUUUAACACAAAUUAUAUCAUCCCCGUUGAUCGACUCUUCGGUGAUAUGCCGGAUCCUUUUCUACACCAAAAGUGUUAUAAGGGUGUAAUACCUAGCAGAUUCAAAUGCGAUAAUGUGACGCCCCAAAUCAAAUUUGUUUUAAAAAAGUGUUGUAACUAUUUGAAAGCAUCAACGGCAUUUACUGAUAAAAAGAUUGGAAUGAUUUUUUUUUUAAAUUGACUCACAAACAAUACUAGAAGACCAUUGAAAACUAUUUUUUUUAUAUAAAAAGGUGAUUAAUAUUUAGGACACUUUGUAUAAUACGGCAAGGUGAGC